AUGGCGUUCAGGAAGCGCAAUGUCGCGGUGGGCGCCUCUGCUCCGGGAUCCCCUGCGAUAGCACCACAGAAACAAGAAAAUCUUCCAGGCGUCCGGCCAUCGCCACUCACAUCUCAUUCUGUCACAUCAACUGGAAGCUCAUCGCUGGAUGCCCUGCUCGGAGGCCAUGGAGGACUCGCACUCGGAUCGAGUGUUCUCAUCGGGGAGAACGGGACGACCGACUUCGCUGGGGCUUUUCUCAAGUACUACGCAGCCGAAGGACUAUGUCAAGGACAUACCAUUCAUCUCGUAGGCAUGGGCGACUGGUGGUUGCGAGAACUUCCCGCUGUUGCAGCUGAGAGGUCGGGAAGUAGGCGGGAGAAGAGCCCAGCUGAAGAAGAGAGAAUGAAGAUUGCUUGGAGGUAUGAGAGGCUUGGUCAGUCCGGCGAAAGAGCACUUCCUAUACGUCAAACACCCAGUGCAGCAGGCCCUGCGAAAGAAGAACUACCCUUUUGCCACACCUUUGACCUCGCCAAACGCCUCACCAUUCCACAAAAUGCGAAGAUCGACCACAUCAAGAUCUCACCCGGCGACGCCCCCUUCGCCCCAGUCCUACAAAGUCUCGAGCGCAUCCUCAAGAACUCACCACCAACCAGCGUCCACCGCCUGAUAGUCCCCACCAUCCUCAGCCCAGCCUCCUACCCACCCCACGCCAGCAAACCCGAAAACAUCAUCCGCUUCCUCCACAGUCUCCGCAGCCUCCUCCGCCAACACCCCACCAAACUCACCGCCAUGCUCACCCUCCCCCUCGAACUCUACCCCCGCGACACCGGCCUCGUCCGCUGGGCCGAGAUCCUCUCCGACGGCGUCCUAGAACUCACGCCCUUCCCGCACUCCAUGGACGAAGCCAGCGACCUCGCAUCCAGCGGCGGCGCGCGCAGCAACGAAGACCAGCCGCAGGGGAUGGUGAAGGUGCAUAAAGUGCCGAUCGACACUGAGCGCGGGGAGGGUGGCGCCGGGGCCGGGAAUAGCACGGGGCAGGAUCUGGCGUUUACGGUUAGUAGGCGGAAGUUUGCGAUUAAGCCGUUCUCGCUGCCGCCGAUGGAGGGGGAUCGCGAGGCGCAGAAGGAGGGUGGGGGGCCUACUAAGAAGGAUUUGGAGUUUUAG